AUGGUUUCGUUGAUGUCUUUCGUUUUGUUAUUUGUUACAAUUUCAGCAAUACCAAGCAGACGGCCAUCAAUGUCAACACUAACAUCUUAUCAAGUUCCAGAAGGACAAAACAUUCUGCUUCAAUGCAGCUUAUAUUUAUCCACAUCUGAUAAGGAUUCAUUCACGUGGUUUUGGACCUGUGCUGACGAAGACCCCACGUUAAAUUCUACUUCCAGUGGUGAUACUAGUAUCAGCAUUAUGACUUUUAGGGCAGAGAGGAAAUUCAACAAAAAAUUUUGCUAUUGUCGAGCAACAUCAAAUUCUUCAGGGCAAACGUAUGAUUCCACUUCUACAAACUUACUCAUAACAGUUUAUUAUGCGCCAUUGACAAAACCAAUUUUGAACAUUUCUCAAAUAAUAAAGCCAGCUGGCGACGAUAUAACUCUUCAGUGCUCGAUUGACUCGCUUGGCAACCCUCAAAUAAUUUGGUCCUGGAAAUGUGGAACUCAAACGAUUAACUCUAGAAUUACCUACAUUGGGCUGACAUCAGAAGUUGUUUUCGAAGCUGAUCCAUAUCUCAAUGGCAAGUCUUGUUACUGCGAGGUUUAUACUCCUUCACAUUACCAGUUUAGGGCAUCGUCUAAUGCUGCAGAAGUCAGUGUUCUAUAUUAUCCCUCAGGAUAUCCUCAGAUCAACUCGAGGACAAUCAAUGUUCAAGAGGGCUCUCCAGUAAUACUUGGAUGUUCACUGUCCUAUCUUGGAAAUCCACCGAUCACAUGGUCAUGGUACUGUAAUGAUGUCGCCAUGCUUGAAGGGAUCAGGAAUCAUGACAAAUCUACAGAGUUAUCUUUUAUAGCAAAAUAUACGAAAGACAAAGUGAUUUGUUAUUGUAGAGGGAAGAGUAAUCAUACUUUGAUGCCCGAAUCCUACGAUCAGAAAUCCUUAGACUGUAACAUAAAAAUCAAUGCAAUAAACAUUGGUGGACCAUCAUUGUCUGUAUUGCAAUCCUCUUCUGUGCAAGAAGGACGAAUAAUUACACUUCAAUGCACGGUGCAUUUAAGCUCAAACGGUGCAUAUCAAGUCACAUGGCUUUGGACCUGUGCGGACGAAGACCUCACGUUUAACUCUACUUCCAGUGGUGACAUCAGCACCAUGACUUUCAAAGCAGAAAGGAAAUUCAACAAGAAAUUUUGCUAUUGUAGAGCAACAUCAAAACUUUCGGAGCAAAUGUAUAACUCGACUUCCACACUCCAAAGCAUAGACGUUUAUUAUCCACCUUUGACAGUACCCACUUUAAAUGUUUCCAAAAUAAUAAUCCCUGCUGGAGAUGAUAUAACAUUGCAGUGCUCGAUUGACUCGCUUGGAAACCCUCCAAUAAGUUGGUCCUGGAUAUGUGGAACUCAGACGAUAUACUCCAGAGUAACCAAUAUUGGUCUGACGUCAGAAGCUGUAUUUGUAGCUACAAAAGAUCUCAAUGGCAGGUCCUGUCACUGUGAAGCAGGUGCUACAUCACAGUACGAGUUUAAGGCAUCGUCCAGUGUCGCAGAUGUCAGUGUUCUAUAUAAUCCGCCAGGAUAUCCUCUAAUCAGCACAAAGAGCAUGAAUGUUAAAGUUGGUUCUCCGGUUCUUCUUCGAUGCACACUGUCGUCUGCUGGAAAUCCAUCGGUCACGUGGUCAUGGUACUGUAAUGAUGUCAUGGUCCUCGAAGGUGUCAAGAAUAGUGAAACAUCAACGGAGUUGUCUUUUAUAGCAACAUUGAAGAAUGACACAGUUAUCUGCUAUUGUAGAGGAAAAAGUAGUCACACUCUGAUGUCCGAAUCCUAUGACAAGAAAUCAUCGAGCUGUUACAUAAAAAUUACCGGUCCUGCAAAUACAAUGCUUGCUAACCAAUUUCAAAGUGAAGGGAUUUCCUUGACAGUGUUUGGAGCAACAUUGGCCAGUCUGAUUGUUGCUCUUCUUUUCUGCACUGUCAUCAUUGUUAUCCAACAUAGGAGAAUUCCCAAAGAGUCGUCACUGAUUACCCGGUUCUUUGUUAAAUUAGGUUUGAAAUAUGAUUUCUUUUUUCCUCACAUUCUACUUUCCUUUUAUCAAGACUUUUAUUAA